ACCUAAAGAAGUGAUAUUUAACGAUGUUUUUCGUGAAACGACAUCGCUAGUAGGAAAACUGGAUGUAGCCGCGAUAACGAAUGACAGGAUUUUGCUACGGAAUCUGGGCAAAAAUUAAUAACAUUCUCGCUCUAAUGCUUUUUUCCUUACGGUUGAACGAAGUUAACAGGUUCCACUCCACUUCACAAAUUUUAUGUUGUUUGUCUCCUGGAGAAAGUAUCGGAACAAAUGUCAUGAAGAAUUCGUGUAAUGGUAUCAGGAAAUGUUGAAGAAACUGAAAAACAAAGCAAGGCUGAUCGUAAAGCCAGCUCGGGAAAGGCCAAAAUAUUUGCGAACUUCAAUAAUGUUGUGGACUCAUCUUGCACAAAGUUGCAUGAACUUUUCAGCUGCCAAAAGGUUGCUCAUUCGGUGAUAUUCUAUGUCAUCAUUUUUCUCCUUCUUCUUGUGCUGGUAUACAUAUUUAGGAAGCUCGUCUCACUACCCAACAACAAUCACGGUAAAUACCACAAUCGAAAACACAACAGCAGCACAGUAUCAACCGGAUCACGUCCUUCUAACAACGAGUCAUUGUCAAAAGGAUUUCCAACAAAAUGGCCUAAACUUAGUACGGUCUUAGGCAAAGUAUCUACCAGCAUCACUGGAUCAACAGACCUAAAAACUGCGAGGGAAAAGAAGACUGACAUUUACGGUGUGCCUGAAAAUGAUUGGCACAGCCAGGAAAAUUUCAACUACAAAGGUUACUCGAAUUCCGGGGAAAAUCACUAUUAUGGCAGCUAUAGUGGUAAUGAUAAUCAAAUCCAUCAACCGAAAAUAAAUUCAUAUUCUUCCUCCUAUGCCACAAACUUUCCAAAGGCUAACCAAGGCCAAGCAUCUAGAUCUAAUAACCCAUCUACCGAUUAUUGGAAAUCUCCUAACCAAAUCAGUAAUUACGGAUAUGGAAGGACAGCUGCCGAGACUUCAACUUCAGGAAUUGCAUCAAUUAGUGAUCCUUCUUAUAAUCAAGACGAUCAGUCUUCACGACAGUAUAUUUCAAACAGUGGUUUCAAAUCUGACUCAAACCUUGAAAAUUCUUGGGUCGGUGCGACUUGGGACGUUAACUCAAACGUUCAGGCGUGGCCCUAUUCUGGGAACAGCGCUUCAGGGUUAACCAAGAUCAACCAAAAACUACAGCAAAAUUCCGGAUCAACAUUUCGAAGUCGCCAUAGAGCCAUAUCAAAUAUGAAUAAUUAUGGCAAAUGGGGAUCAACGAGUUGGUCAGGGAUAAAAUUAGGCAAGCCGGGAAGUGGAUUUGGUUGGAUCAAAGAAACAGAUAACGAUCAUGUAGAUUCGUUUAAGCCGACGACCACACCUAAUUGGAAUAGCUAUUAUUACGACAGUGCCUCGGGUAAAUGGACUUCGAGUAACAAAGGAGUGAACACGUAUGGAAAUGCCUGGUCUGAUCAAAACAUUGGAAAUACGUAUCUAAGAGAUAAUAAUGCAGAUUUUGGUUCAUAUACUUGGAAUCCUUAUGAUAACUAUUGGAGUAGCAAUCAAACCCAGGAACUGAGUGGUUACAAUUCACCACUAGUCCAGGUCAAUAGCAAAGCAAGGGAAGACAAACUGAGUUACCACAAAAGUUCGCCGACAAACGAUGCUAAUUCAAAAUCGAAUAAACAUUUUGAUAAAACAGGUAAUUCGAUGGUCCAAGAUGAAACUGAGGAUAGGAUUCAUAGGUGGCCUUUGGAAGAGGGUCAUAAACAAGACGACUUUCUAAAAGGUCUCCCCAGCAUUACUUCAUCAAGUAAUACAAAGAGGACGAAAAAGUUUUGGAAGAAGAGGAGAAAACUAACAAAUCACAAGAAGAAUAAAAUUUCUCACCAAGAACGAAAAAGGAAAGCGAGCAAGAAGGCAUUCCGAAACAGAGUUAGAAAGAAAAUAAAAGAGGCGAAAGGAAACAAAAUCGUCAAGAAUGAUAAGAAAUCUGUGAUAGCUCAUCCUAGUAAUUUUGAGCCAACUAAAAUGACGCGUAGAAGGAACAGAAAGGGAAAAUUAAGAAAAACGAAAGAGAAGAAUCGAGGUAAACAUUCUCAUGCAAAAGAAAGACACAAAAAGAAGAAAGUGUCCCGAAAGGUCACCAAGCACCAAAAGUCUAUUCAUGUUCACUCAAAGCAAUUUUCAAACAAUCACAAGGCAGUGAGUCAUAAAUCAAAAGUAAGGGGGUGGCAUCGUGAUAUACAUCGCGUUAAACAUUGCAAGACGUUACAAUCUUUCAAGACAAACGGCGAAGUCCAUUUAGAUAAGAAAUAUUUGAGUAGACAAAGAAAGUAUAAGUACACAAUACUUUCCUGUAGAUAUGUUCGUGUUCCCGGUAACUCGAUAAAACAUGAAAGUGAUGACGAUGAUUUAGAACUCGACGAUGGCGAUGAUGAUGAUGAUGAAAAAAUCGCCAUUAAAAGAAAACAGAUUUGUCAAAAAUUCUAUUUUAUAACUAAUGGGAAAAUAUUGCUUAAGAAAACAUCUAGGAGCCAAGAUCAAAUUUCAUACAUAGUUUCGUUAUGCAGGGCAAAUGAUGAACCUCAAAAUCCAAAACAUAGUAGAAUUAAACAUCGUCACGACACAACGCUUGAUGAGGGCGAUUAUGAACCUAGAAAGCCAAUCCACAUGCGGAAACACGUGGAAACAAUAGAUUAUGAUGAUAAUAGUAAAGUAAAAAACAAAGUGGAGAACAGUGAUAGACUGCACGACAAAAAUUUAGUGGAUGAUAAGCAUAAAGAUAAGAUUCGAGUAGCCGAGGAACCUAAAAGCAACCAUAACUCUGAUUCUUACAAAGAGAAGCUCAGUGACGAUGAUAUGGAUAAAUACGACAACAAUGACGAGGAUAAAGAAGGAUUAGAUGAAGAUGACAGUGAUUUUGACGAAGACAUGGACAGUGACAGAAAACGCAAACCUCAAAAGUCUACCAGUGAGGAUCAAGAAGACACGAUGAACGGCGCCGAUGACGAUAAAGACGAUGAAUUUUAUGCUGAGACAAGUGCAAGGAAUACUAAUUCAAAGGGGAAUAGAGACGAGAAGUACAAUAACAGACACAAGAAAAAGAGCAGACCACGCAAGACUAAACAGGGCGAUGACGACGAAAUUGACGUUCAAGACAAUGAUGAUAUUGACGAUGUUGAUGUUAACAUCGACUCCGAUACUCACAAAGUAAGUAAAACAAGAAAUAAGAAUAUUGCAAACGUACACAAAGUUAAUGACAGGGUAGAAGUCGACAACGAUGAACUUGAUGAUUUCGACGAGGAUUUUGGUAAUGACGAUAUUAUGGAUGUGAAACUUAAAACUACACCACGCCCUGAGCAAGUUAUUUGGUCAAGACUAAAAAAGCUAAGAAAUAAAAAUAAGGCAAAAAGCAGAGUACAACAUAAGAAGGCUAACAUAAAUAACAUUUAUGAACGUAUGUUGCACGAGUUGUCAAAAAAGACGAAUACAAAAGACAGGAGCGAUGACCCAAGAAAGUUGCUGAUGGCUUUAUUAAAAAGGAAACUGGAUUCUGUUGUUCCUUCCAAACACGUCAAAUCUAAAGUCUCCAAAAUAAAAUUCCCGAUAAAAAAAUAUAACAAACAAAGACAUCAGUUUGCACAAAAACCACAUAAAGAACAAAAUGAGGGAAGCAUAAAAGCCAUAUUGAAAAAUAUACUCACUAAUUCAAUUAGUGUAACCAAAACUAAGUCACAAAAGAGACUACCUGUGACCCCUAAAGCACAUACAAAGCCAUCUAUUGAAGAUCUUUUCAAGAACUUUCUUCCAACUCUUCUUGCACAACAAAAUAUUGGCAAAACAACCAUUUCUCCUACGAAAGAGCCUACAAAGGGUACAACUACACCAGACCAGCAAAUGAAGAUUCAGUUUUCAAAGCUUUUGGAAAAGUUUGGUAUGCCGCAGAAUAAUGUACAAGCAAAGAAGACAUCAUUAGGGCCUUCCAGUAAAGAGCAAAUGAACAAUUUAUUGAAAGAGGUUGGUGAUACAAUUAGCACCCGCAAAUCAAAAACUACAAAUAAGGCACCUCAUAGAAUUAAUGUGACACCAAACACACCAUCAUUGCCACCAACGAUGCAAGUAUCGUCACAACUAUCAACACCUCAACAAAUCCAUCCACCACAGGAACAAGAACAAGAACAGGAACACGAACACGAACAACAGCAACAACUACAACAUAAUAGUCGAUACCGUUCGUAUCAAGCAGGACAGUCAAUCAACAUACUGUGUUUCGGAGAUAGUUUAACAAGUGGUUUCUUCAAUCACGGUCGUGGAAAGCAUCCAUACAGCAUUAGAUUAAGCCAAUUGCUUAAUACAAAAGGAAGCCAUCGAUACCGUAUUGAAACUCGAGGCGUGAUCGGUGAAAUGGUUCAUGGAAGCAUGACAAAACGAUUACCAAAAGUUCUAGAUGAAGGCACGCGAUUUGACUGGGUGCUAAUCCUGGGAGGAACCAAUGACGUAGCGCAUGUGAAAAAUUUUGGAGAUGACCAAGAUUUCACUCAACAGUUGAUAGGUGUUUGGAGUCCUAAGAUAGUGAAGGAUAUCGAGAAGCUUCAUGAGAUAGCACACAGCCGUGGAGCAAGAACGAUGUUAAUGACAAUACCCGAAACUGCAUACGAAUUUUGGCCUGAAUUUCGGUCCAUACGUAAUAUGAGACUUAGCGUGAAUGCGGCUCUAAGAAAGUACGCGACGGAAGUAAGAGAUAAUACAGUUCUCUGUGAUCUCGCGUAUAAAUUACCACGGAGCACUCUUCCAAAACAAAUGCAAAAGUUGUAUUGGAAUGACCACAUUCACCUAAAUCCCGUGGGAUAUGACAAGAUGGCCGAGGUUAUCCAACAGUGUAUUCAAGGGUAUCUUCAGUAAAAGACUGUGGCGGAGCAUUGACCGCAUGAACGCAUUUAGUCUUGUAUAUUGUUUAGGGUUUGUAUAAAAAAAUAAGACUUUUAUCUGAUUGUGUUUUAUUUUGUUUUCAUUGAUUCACCGCAGAGAAAUGCCAAAUAUCUAUAUAAAUACGCAAUUUAAGUUGCGAUAUUUUAGCGUAUAACUCAUUUAAUAUAU